UGGAGUUAUGAACUAGUAGCGAGUUAGCUUACAAAGGACGUUCAUGUUCAGUUGUUGUGUUAUUACCCGUACAUGAUUGGAAGUUGCUAGCCGAUUUAAGUGGCGUGAUGCGAUCAUAUCGAAGUCAUACGUAGUUUAUGUUUAAUAGCGGUCGUAAGAAGCUGUCGAACGGGUAAACAAACCGGUAUCUACGGCUACGACAAAGACAACAAGGCUUAGUAGCUAGCGUUAGCUAGCUGACUAAACAGUAGCAGUUGCUCGUUUUCCCACCUGCUAGUUAACCAACGGAGAGCGUGACUGGCAGAAAUGGAGAAGUCAGAUUUCCUGAAGGGAUUGCCUGUCUACAACAAAAAUAACUUCAGCAGGUUCCAUGCAGACUCUGUAUGUAAAGCAUCAAACCGCCGACCAUCAGUGUAUCUUCCAACCAGGGAAUAUCCAUCGGAGCAGAUCAUUGUCACAGAGAAGACAAACAUCCUAUUGCGAUAUCUGCAUCAACAGUGGGACAAAAAGAAUUCAGCAAAAAAGCGAGAGCAGGAUCAAGGAGAGGGGGAGAACACGGCGCCUCCGCGGAAAAUUGCCAGAACAGACAGUCGGGAGCUGAAUGAGGAUUCGUGAAUUGCUGUGCAGUCGAUGCACACCCAGCAGACACUGACCUGUACAAACACAAUGUGCACACAGAUGCAGAAUAUCGGCCUUGACACUGAAGCACACAAGGAUCCAUACGUUUCAGACCACAGUCGGCAUGACAUUAACCCCCCACAAAAAAGUUGGUCUUAAUAACUCCAGAUUUCCUCCUAACCAAAUACUUGUUUCCUCGAUUUAAUACUUUCACCCAGUAUUUUUUACUUCCAAAACACCUCUGCCUCAGAUUUCAGUCUUGUUCAGUCUAGUUUGAAAAUAACAUACAUCUACCUCCUUAUUCCUCAGCCCCUGUUUUUCCUUUACCUACACUCACACAGCUUUGAGCUGCAGUUAUUCACACACAUCUCUGAGAUAUGCACGUUUUAAUUUAAGUAAUUACUGUAAGUGGUCAAGUUGCAUGCCAUCUUUUGUGGCUCCUACUCAUUAGGAAUUUUUGGUUUGGAAUCACGUAAUGACAAUGAUCCUUAAAAUGUUCUUUUAGCCCAUUGUUAUGCGAUUACUGUCAUUACAGUAUGUGGAAAUAAAACUGCGUCUUUGCUUUGAUUUAACCAUCUAUUCAGGGUUUGUUAUUGUUGAAGAAUACGACGAGGGCUGAAAGAAAUGUUCUUUGUUUAAUGAUUUAUUGCCUUAAAUGGAGGUGUGUUUUCACUAUGUCUUAGAGAGAUCCCUUGGUUUACAUUGUUGAUUCAGGUGAAGAAAUGAACCACUGUUGAGUUGAAUGGUCAUUAGUGUGUCAAUAAAGACACGUUCAAGCCAAUACAGUAAUACUAAAAGAUGUAAAGUGUUUUUGUACAGUGCGACUUAAUUAUUUUGUAGCCAUACUCUAAGUUUUAGAUCACCAUUUUAUGAGCAGCAUGUGUCUUUGUAAAUGCAAGGGUAGCAGAAUAUCUUAUGGAACAGAUGUUACCUACAGGUAUUCUUAAAUUCACAAUGUGGCCGUAACGCUGUGUAGACUACUUGUAAGGACUGCUGUCAAUCACAUUUCCGUAAAAAGGUUGCUUAUUUGCGAGAAAUUGAGGAAAUUUUCUUUUGACAGCAGGACUAAGUAAAUGGUCUUUCUUUGCUGCUCAUAAAGUCGGUGAAGCUCUGCGUCAUGCCUCACAGGUCUUGUAUAUUUGUACAGUAUGUAUAUUGUGCUUGUUCUGACCCUUUUAUCAGGUAACAAGACAGCGAUUCACUCUGAUUUUGUCUUCCCCGGUAUAGCCAUGCAGUAUUUCAUUUUGUUAAGCCAAUUUAUUCUUGCACGCUGGAUGGAUACAAGCCAGAGUUUAGUCAGUACAAACAAAAGCUAUUUGCUUUAUCUGCUUUGCACCUUUAGAAACCUCUCUUUUUGCACAUCUAUAGAGUCAUCUGAUGUUGAUCUGAUCUGAUGCAACAUUUUCAAUAAUGUUUGGCACAACUGAUGGUUGAGUAAUGUGCAGUUUUCCUUUUGUUGCAUGUUGCUGUUCAGUGAUUACUGAGUAUAUGUGCAGUUUGGCUGCUUAUGAAAGUAGAAGACAAAUUAAUUUUCUCCAGUUUGACUUUAAAGCAGAGAUGUGUAGUUUUAUUUUCCUGGCUCUUCAUAGAAGAGUGUGCUAAUUUUAUUUUUGUCAUACAGUUUAUACUCCAUCACCUGAUUAAAUUGAUAACAUGUCUAUUGUUAAAUGCUUUGCUUUUGAGUUGUAUAAAUGUAUUGUCAAUUUUACAUCUCGUUCUUGUAUAGAUUACACAAUGACAUACAGUAAAGACUAUAAUUCACAGUGAACGGCAAGAUUGUUUUGGUUGGAUCUGAAGAAAUUUCCCUAUGGAUAACAUUUAAAGUUUGAGAAAUGCUGUAGUAGAACUUCAAAGGGAAAAUGCACUCCAAAAUUAAAACAUUUUUCUCAUCA